CUAGUCCCCACCUUAAAAACCGACCAUUAGAUUCAACCUCCAAACCAAUUCUUCCUCUUUCUCUCUCUAUAUAUCUCUCUCUUCCUAUAUAGACACACACUCUCUCUCUCUAUAUCACUUGCACUUGUUCUGUAUCUAUAGACUAUAUCCCCCGUUCAAAGUUUAAACCCCCUUCAGCUUAAAACCCUAGGGUUCUUAGGAUUUACCGUAAAACCGCUUUUCCGACCCGCAUUUUGUUGCUUCUGAUCUUGGAGGAGGUGAUGGUUGAGAAUCAUGAUGGAGGGCAGUAACGUAAUUUCCAACACUGGCUGCUUGGACAAUGGGAUUUCCAGUGACGCCAAGCCUCCCAACCCCCUCGCCGGCGGCUACCGCCACAGCUUGAGCUCCGCACGCGCCGCCGCCGCCGCCGCUUUGGCUCCCUGUACUAACAAAUCCCUCAUUCGCCACCCUUCUUUGAUGAAAACCAAGCCAUCGGAUGUUUCUAUUGAACCAAAAUCAGCCAUAGAUGGUCCUGUGGUUGAUUUCAUUCCUGUACUGCGCUCAGGUGCUUGGGCUGACGUUGGAUCUCGCUCAAGCAUGGAGGAUGUGUACGUGUGUGCUGACAAUUUUUUGCAGGACUAUAGAUUCGGGAAUUCCACCGAAGGGCCCAAUGCCUUCUAUGGGGUUUUUGACGGUCAUGGAGGAAAGCACGCAGCUGACUUUGCAUGCUCCCAUCUACCGAGGUUUAUUGCUGAUGAUGAAGAUUUUCCGAGGGAGAUCGAGAGAGCUGUUUCUUCCGCAUUUCUGCAAACGGACACCGCUCUUGCUGAAGCCUGCACUUUGGAUGAUGACCUUGCUUCUGGCACCACAGCUUUGGCAGCUCUUGUUGUUGGAAGUUCUUUGGUCGUGGCGAAUGCUGGCGAUUGUAGAGCCGUUCUCUGCCGCCGAGGCAAAGCUAUUGAGAUGUCUAGAGAUCACAAACCGGUGUGCUUAAGGGAAAGAAAACGCAUAGAAGCUUCGGGAGGGUAUGUGUACGACGGCUACCUGAAUGGACAACUCAACCUGUCUCGAGCAUUAGGCGACUGGCACAUGGAAGGGAUGAAAUCCCAAGACGGUGGGCCCCUCACUGCGGAGCCCGAGUUCAUAAGCACCAAAUUGACAGAAGAGGAUGAGUUCCUCAUCAUAGGGUGCGACGGGAUCUGGGACGUCUUCAUGAGCCAAAACGCGGUGGACUUUGCUCGUCGAAGGCUUCAGGAGCACAACAAUCCGGAGAUGUGCAGCAAAGAUCUCGUCCAUGAGGCGCUGAAGAGGAAAAGCAGCGAUAAUCUGUCAGUCGUGGUGGUCUGUUUCCAGUCACAUCCUCCGCCCAAUUUGGUCGCCCCUCGGGGGAGAGUUCACCGGAGCAUCUCGGCCGAAGGGUUGAAGGAGUUACAGAGCUUCUUGGACAAUUUGAAAGUUUAAACAUGGUGAGAGACUUAGCUUGGUCCAUUUUUCCCUGUGUUUUUUUUUUCUUUUUCUUUUUCUUUUUCGUUAUAACUAUUUUGUAAUUUGGUAGAGAUCCUAGGGGAGAGAGAUCAACUGUACAACUGUAACAUAUGCGGCAUUCAGACGUUUUUGCUACGUUAACCUUAUUUUUAGCUUCUUAGACAUCUUAUUCUAUGUUUUACAACAUUCUUAACAUCAUGGGUGAUAGACAUUUGCUGGUGUUUUCCUUGACUUAUGAA